UUGGGUAACUGAGGCGUCCGCCCUCCUCCCCUCACUGCUUCCAGAGAUAAGAGAUGAAAAAACCACAAAACACCACCAGUUCACCCUCAGCUUAAGGGAGUCACACUUGCUUACAAUGGCUGAGUCAAAGUAUGACAAGAAGCUGGCAGAUGACAAGAAUGGCAGCCUUACGAAGAGCAAAAAGAAGAAAAAGGGGGACGAUGCCUGGAGACCACAGGGGCCAAGAGACCCGUUCGCCAUGCUGGAUGCUUUGCCAGAGAAGAAGCAGCAGGAGAUCCAGAGAGCCCUUCACCUCUUCUCCUUGGAGCCAGGUCUGCCAAAGACCCUGCAGCAGGCCAAAAAACACACCUACUGCUUUUGGGACACGCAACCUGUCCCCAAACUGGGUGACAGCAUUACAACUCAUGGCCCAAUAGUAGAGGGUGAGGCAAGUAUCCGGAAGGAGCCCUACUCACUACCUCAGGGCUUCUCCUGGGAUACUCUGGACCUGAGCAGCCCUCCAGUGUUGAAAGAACUAUGCAGUCUACUAAAUGAGAACUACAUGGAAGAAGAUGAUAACAUGACCAGAUUUGACUUCUCUCUGGAAUAUCUGCAGUGGGCUCUACAGCCUCCUAACUGGGUGGCUCACUGGCACUGCGGUGUGAGAGUAGACGCCAAUAAGAAGUUAGUCGGCUUCAUCGCUGCUGUUCCUGCAGAUGUUCGCAUUUAUGAGAUGGAGAGGCGGGUGGUACAGGUCAAAUUCCUGUGUGUUCAUAAGAAGCUCCGCCUCAAGCGAAUGACUCCAGUGCUGAUCCGAGAGCUCGCCAGACGGGUCAACCAGCAGGGACUCUGCCAGGCUGUCUACACCACUGGCAUAGUACUGCCCACACCAAUAAGCUCCUGCAGACUUUGGCAUCGCCCACUGAAUCCUCGUAAGCUGAUGGAGGUCAACCACCCAGCACUGAGACAGAGCAUGAACCUGCAGAGAGCUCUGAAGUUCAACCGCUUACCUGAGGUGACAAAAGUACAAGGUCUGCGCCCUAUGACCAGAGAAGAUAUCCCGGGGAUACAUUCACUACUCCAGACAAACUUCUGCAAGUCUCACUUCAGCCCUAUCUUGUCCGUGCAAGACGUAGAGCAUCUGUUGCUGCCGAGGGAGAAUGUGAUCGACACCUAUGUGGUCGAGGGUGAUGGUGCCCUGACAGAUAUAGUGAGUUUCUAUAGCUUCUCCUCAAGAGUUCUGAAUCACCCAGUACACACAAGCCUCAGAGGAGCUCGCCUCCUUUAUGUUGUCUCUACUAGAACGAAGCUGGUCGACCUCAUGGAGGACACCCUGGUCCUGGCAAAGUCUAAAGGUUUUGACGUCUUCUCUGCCAUCGAUGUGAUGGACAACAAGAGUUUCCUGGAGAAGCUCAAGUUCAGUGUCAGUGACCAGAAUGUUCAUUACUACUUGUACAACUGGAUGUGUCCUAAUAUGAGCCCAGACAAGGUUGGCUUUGUGUUCCCCAACUGACCUGCUACUGGAAGAGGGCAGAGUGGCAGAGUGGUGGAGGAUGAAAGGGCUUUCAGGAGACUGGACGUCAAACUGCAUCAGUAUCAGCAAAGGGGAAUUUGGGGUUUUGGGGGGAAAAAACUGCAAAACACGUGUAUUCAAAAAUCAAGAAGAGGAAUAAAGGCUGAAUUAAAUUUCUA